CCGUAAGGACAAAAUCACCCUUAAACCCGUCUGAAAUUCAAUAGAACUAAGAAUAUCGCUCCAUAGCACUCGAUGUGAAAUUUCACAACCAACAGAUUCCCCUGCAAAACUCGUCUUAUGAUCUUAAGAUGAUUGACGUUCUCGAAUGACAUCGCAACGAGGCUGGUCUCAUAGAUGAAGAGAAGCUGUGAAAGAUUUUAUUGUUUUUAUUUAAUUCAAAGAAAAUGAGCUGAAGCUCCAUUUCGCAAUUGCAACACAUAUUGAUACUGAACACGCAUCGAAUCUGAAUUAAUCUCAAACCCAGUUGGGAAUCUACAAAAUUAAAGUUUAAGUAUUUUAGUAUUGAUAAACGGCUCCAAGAUGUACGGUUCGUUGGGUUCAAGAAGUCCUGUGAUGUUGAUGUUCUUGCUUCUCUGCACUUCAAUUGCAUUCAGUGCUUCAGCUGAGACCACUCUGCACACUAACAACUGGGCUGUCUUGGUUUGCACUUCUCGUUUCUGGUUUAAUUACCGGCACAUGGCUAAUACAUUGUCCCUGUAUAGGACAGUUAAGCGGCUAGGAAUACCAGAUGAGAGGAUUAUACUUAUGCUGGCUGAUGACAUGGCUUGUAAUGCUAGAAACAAGUAUCCUGCCCAAGUGUUCAACAAUGAGAACCACAGACUUAACUUGUAUGGUGAUAACGUUGAGGUGGACUAUCGGGGUUAUGAAGUAACGAUAGAAAACUUCUUUAGAGUUUUGACUGGGCGUCACGAGACUGCUGUUCCAAGAUCAAAGCGUCUUUUAAGUGAUGAAGGAAGCCAUAUUCUUCUAUACAUGACUGGGCAUGGGGGAGAUGAGUUUUUAAAAUUUCAGGACUCAGAAGAGCUCCAGAGUCAUGAUCUUGCUGAUGCUGUGAAACAAAUGAAAGAAAAGAGGAGAUUCAAGGAGUUGCUGAUAAUGGUGGACACUUGCCAAGCUGCCACUCUCUUCUCUCAGCUUCAUUCUCCAGGUGUUUUGGCUAUUGGAAGUAGCAAGAAAGGGGAGAACUCAUACUCACAUCACUUGGACUCCGAUGUUGGGGUUUCUGUUGUGGAUCGUUUUACAUACUAUACCCUUGCUUUCUUUGAGAAGCUGAAUAUGUAUGACAAUGCCUCAUUGAGCAGUCUUUUCACUUCUUACAACCCAAAUUUGUUGAUGUCAACUGCAUAUUACCGAACAGAUCUAUACCAAAGAAAUCUGGAGGAGGUACCUGUUACAAACUUCUUUGGUUCAGUCAUGGAAACAAUACAUACUGAUUAUGCAUACAAAAUCCUCUCAAAGAAAACCUUUGAAAAGGUCAAAAUAAAAAUGCCUUCAGAAGAACCAGUCGACCACAAUGAGCAGAGAUCAUUGCAAAACUCAAAUGUCCAGGAUCAAACUAGUGACACAAAAACAGAGGCUCAACAAUGUCCUUUUACGAGUACAUGGAAUUCUUUCAAUAAAAAGAUGGAGAAGAUUGAAAAUAUUGAUUCCUUGGUGAGCUAUGGCUUGCUAAUAAUGCUUCCACUAUUGUUGAUCUCCACGUGGCUAUCACGCUUUUGGUCCUCUGAUGAGACUAAUGGUGGGUUCGGUGGGAUGUCAAAUAGAUGCAAAUGA